CAGACAGUCGUAUCAAGUUGUUGAAACUAUGAGAAAAUGAUGAUCUCUCAAGGUGAUUUGUUCGAAAUUUUAACUCCUUAAAAGAGAAGUAUGACAUGAUUCGACAGAGCAAAAUAAAGCCUUCGACGCGACAGGAUGUAACAUGAACAUUAAGAUCACCGGAUGAAUAUCGUCUGAAAAACUACGUUCGUUUUCAGAUACGGAUUUCGUUUCAUUGUCUGUGCGUGAAGUAAUCUGUGUUGCGACAUGAGUUCUACAAGCGUUCGGAGCAUCAGGCUGGCGAUGUUAUACUGCCAGUUCUGGGCUAUAAUUGUUGCGUCUGCGAACACGGCUUAUAUCAGCCCUGAAGACUGUUCUUGGAAGGUAAUGCCUGAAACAAAAGAUAUUUCAAUGACCUGCAACGUGUGUACGUUGCAGGGCGGAUCAAAUCCGACAAAUUUUUCACUGAUCAUGCCUCGCCUAAUGGUAAAACUUACCGUUAAGUGCGAUGACGAUUUGCUCAAAGGCGAGAUGGUGAACAGUUCAUUUAAACAUCUGCGCCAUUUACAAGUUCUUAAUAUCGAAAGGUGCAAGUUGGAGUCGUUACCUUCAGAAGCGUUCGUCGGUCUCUCGAAUUUAAAGAACCUUACGAUAAAGACAUUUAAUUCACCGGCGGAUAAUUGGUCACUGCGCCUGUCGCCUGCGAGCCUUAAACCCCUCGAAAAAAUCGAAUGCAUAGAUCUUAGUGAAAACAGUAUCGAGGAGUUACCUGAAGAAUUAUUGUGUGGCAUGGACCAACUGCGAUUUCUGAAUCUCACGAGGAACAGGUUCAUUAGCGUAGCUAGUACCGGAUUUUCUCACUCGAAAGGCCAAUGUAGUCUCGGCGUUGAAGUUUUGGACAUGACGCACAAUAACCUUCGAAUUUUAUCAGAGCACAGCUUUGUUGCUCUGACCAAUCUCAGGGAAUUAUAUUUAAGCUAUAAUCAAAUUAUUAGGGUUGAGUUUAGCGCUUUUUUCGGCUUAGUUUAUAUAAAGUAUCUCGAUUUGGCACACAACCAAUUGGUGGCGUUACCAAGCUCUCUAUUUCAGUCGACGCCACGUAUAUCGAAGUUAUAUUUGCGCAACAAUUCGCUCAGUGCACUCCCGCCCGGAUUGUUAGCUAGACUUAGGGAAAUCACAGUGCUUGACCUUGCUCAUAAUCAGCUCUCAUCAUUGGAAUGGCUUGAAUCAGAGGCUCCUUCGAGCCUGACUCAUCUGGAUCUUAACUAUAACCGUCUUACACGGAUCCAUUCUAACGCGUUUCGCUCCGUCAUCAAUAUUCAAACUUUGCUCCUGCAGAAUAAUCUGAUAGACUUCAUCGAAGAUAGCACAUUUAGCAAACUUGAAAAUCUACACGCCCUAAUGUUAGGCUUCAAUCGUCUUAAAACGGUUAGCGCUGAUUUAUUUAUGGGACUCACAGCCAUCGCUGUGUUACAUCUGGAAAAUAAUCGCCUCAAAGAAAUAGACGAUUACGCCUUUAAGAAUAACUCCAUUAUCCAGGAACUCAACUUGUCCGGCAACAACCUAGAAGAGGUUCCUAGAGCUGUCUCAUCACUUAAACGACUGCAUUCGCUUGAUCUGUCGGAAAAUGAAAUCGUAGAUGUAACAGAUGCACCGUAUCAAGGUUUAGGCCAUCUCCACGCGCUCAACCUAAUGGCCAACAGAAUUAGGAGCAUCAAUCGACGUAGUUUUUAUAAUAUAGCGACGGUGCGUAACCUUAACCUAGCACGGAAUCGUAUUCGAAAUAUUGAACAGGAUACGUUUAACGCCAUUUCUGGACUUCAUUUUCUUCGUCUCGAUUCCAACGAGAUUGAGGAUACAAACGGCCUAUUUAACAGCCUACAUGAUAUGAUUAUGCUCAAUAUAUCCGCAAACCGACUGCGCUGGUUUGAUUACGCAUUAAUUCCAACUGGACUUCAAUGGCUGGAUAUCCACGACAAUCAGAUAGAAGCACUUGGAAACUAUUUUGAGCUCGUACAGAACGUAAAGCUACGCACACUCGAUGCUUCAUCCAAUCGACUUACCGAUAUCGAUACAUCUUCUAUACCUAACGACAUUGAAGUUCUAUUCCUAAACAACAACAGCAUCACACGAAUUCAAUCAUUCGCGUUUUUAGGAAAGCAUAACCUGACUCGAGUAGAUCUGACGAACAAUCUUCUUCCAGGCGUCGAGAUGGCUAUGCUGCAAGUAAGUGAGGUUCCUACGCACCGGCCUUUGCCGGAGUUCGCUAUUUCCAACAACCCGUAUCUCUGCGAUUGCCAUAUGGACUGGAUUCAAAAGCUGCAAGUUCCUUCAAGGUUUUCAGCUAAGGAGAUACGUCAGUUUCCGCGAAUUAUCGACAUAGAAAACGUUAAGUGUAAAGCGGGUUUCGGGAAAAGCGCUUACGUUCAACCUCUAGUCAGUUUAAAACCGUCAGAAUUUCUGUGUACGUACAAACGUCGCUGUGUGCCUUCGUGCCAUUGCUGCGAAUUUGAAAGUUGCGCCUGUGAAAUAAUUUGUCCGCAGAAUUGUACCUGUUACCACGACCUGUCGUGGACUACCAAUAUUGUCGACUGCGGUUCGGGCAAACACUCCGCCGUUCCUAAACAACUACCGUUCGCCGCGACUGAGCUUCACUUCGACGGAAAUAGCAUCGAUACAUUGACGCCGCUCGCAUUUAUUCAUCGGGACAAUAUUCAAGUGAUUUUAGCUAAUCAAUCUAAUAUUGUUGUAAUUGAGCCGAGAACGUUUGCUAGCCUACAUAAACUGCGGGUGCUACAUCUAGAAGAUAACCAAAUAGCGGCAUUACGUGGUCAGGAAUUCACGAAUCUCUCAAAUCUACGUGAGCUUUAUCUAUCCAAUAAUCAGCUGAAGUACGUGAACAACGUCACAUUCGCACAGCUGAGGAGCCUUGAGAUCCUCCAUCUUGACCGAAAUUACUUAGUCAUGCUACCGAUCUGGUCCCUCCGACGCACUGAGCACCUUAUCGAUCUCCGCCUAGCCCUAAAUCCCUGGACGUGUAGUUGUGAUUUUACGAACCCACUUGCCAUUUAUAUUCGUGAGAGAGGUGACACUGUGAGUGACAUAGCUGAUAUGUCCUGUGUGUAUAAUGAGACGAUAGCGCUUCGGCUAUGGGAGCUCAACGUAACUGAUUGUCACAGCCUAUCCAAAGCAACAUCGUUGGCAAGGCAAGUUCGGUUUCUCCCUUUUGGCGACUCGCUGUUAUCGACCUAUAUCCUCAUCAUUGUUCCUCUACUGCUAGCAGCCGUGCUCGUAACUGUUUUGACGUGCCGCAAUCAAUCAGGGGUAGGGUUACGCAGUCGAUGCGGAAUUCGUAUGUUCUGUCAUCCAUCAAUCGAAGAGGAAAAACUAUUUGACGUGUUCGUGUCGUACAGCAAAUCAGAUGAAGAUUUUGUGGCUGAAAAACUUGCCUCCCGACUGGAAUUAGGCAAACCCAUUUACCGCCUGUGUUUACAUCACCGUGACCUGCCAAUGACAGGACAGUAUUUAAGUGAGGCCAUCCGCGAGGCAGUUGAAAGUUCUCGAAAAACGAUAAUUGUAAUAUCGGAAAGCUUCCUCAAGAACGACUGGUGCGGUUACGAAUUCAAGCUAGCACAUUGUGACGCUCUGCACAACAAUCCCCAAAAAAUCAUCAUAAUAUUCGUGGGUCGAAUGUGCCAUAGUGAGCUGGACUUUAACAUUCGGACCUGGAUCAAGCACAGCACAUUCCUGCAAUGGGGCGAAAAAGACUUCUGGAACAAGCUUCGUUACGCGCUACCCAAAGCGCGCGAGCGGAAUCCAUUAUGCCCCGAUAUAGCAUCGGUAGGCAUGCCUAUUUGAUAGCGAACAUUAGCAAAGAUGCCUUCAAUAGCUACACAAAGAGACGCUUGUUUGUGAACGCGCCUAUAGAUCAUCGAUCCACAGUAGACCGAUGAAAUUAUAAGAAAGUCAUUUACACGGACCGUCUAAUCAAGUCCGCUGCUAGGGUCAAGUCGUCGCAGAACAACACAGAACAUUGUCAAAUAUCGCUGAUAAAAUUUUUCCACAAUUAACGAGCAGUACUCAGAGGGGGGAAAGGCGUAUCUAUACAUAGGCGUACACAUAAGUAUCUUGCCAUUUAUUAGGACCAAGUGAAACCAAACGGCUGUGACGAAGCUGAUCAGUUUCUCCCUAAUUUGCCAAAGCCGGGGGCUAUUUUAAAUGAGCAGCUUUCUUGUCUAAUAUAAGUGAGCAUAUGUACAGUACAUAAAAUAAAUAAAGUAAAUCCAAUAUUAUACUAUAGAUGUUUGAAAGGUACGACAGAUAGAAUAGAUGUACUUACUAAGAGUUGUGUAAUAUCUGUGAUAAUCGAUAUCGAAACGGAUCCAUUAAUAGAGGCCGACAUCAGUUACUUAAAAGCUGGCAACUGUAUGAACACGGAUUGACUGGUAAUAGCCGAAGUCUCAGUCCAGUCUUGUUCAUGUUAAUAGUUGGUAUGUCCCCUCUCUUUACAGAGCUUUAAUUCUAUAAUCGAGUAAUUCCACCAUUUAUUUUCCACGUGUAAAAGUUCUACUGUAUGAUAUCGAUGCGUAUGAUACUAUAAAAUGAUCCAAUGUGACUCACCAUAGUAGCCCUAGAGACAUAACACCGUGGUGCAGGCAGCUUGAAGCAAGUUCAACUAUAUACAGCUUUCUGACAUGACCACCGAAGUAAAACCCAAUUCUAGAACAAGUGCGGGUUUUCAUUGACGGAGAUUUUUAUAGUUUGAGUAUCUAUAAAAGAAAAGUUGCCUAUAUGUAUGUUUAUUAUGUUGUAUAGAAGGACCUUUCCAGCACAAAGGGCUGGAUAACGUAGAACAUAUAACAGCAGACGAACGACACACUCGGAAUAUGAAAAGUGUCUUCAAGCAAACGCAAAGCCGAUGUAAAAUGUACAAAAAAAUGUGUAGAGUGUAAAACGGAUUAACUGU